AUGGGAGCCGUCGUUUCUUGUAUCACUGGCAUGUUCCGCGCCAUCGGUGCUGGUCUCAUGGCCGUCGUCAACGGAAUUGGAGCCAUCCUCACCGGUAUCAUCAACGCCAUCGUUGCCUUCUUCGAUGUCCUCAUCUCCUGCUUGACUUGCGGAAGCUGCGGCGGUAGGAGAAGAGGUAGACGUACGACAAGUCACGUCUAG